CGUUCUUGUACACCUGUACUGGCUGUUCUGCUCGACCCACCUGCACCUGUAUACCACAUAACCCGCGUGGGACCACCGCAAUGUCUGAAGACGCCGUCCUCCCCAUCCCCAACCUCGGCCUCGCGCAGAACUACUUUGUCCUGUCUACGCCUUCUCUCGAACACUUGCAGCAGGAUGCGCGCAAGGAACUCCUUGAAGGCAUUCAGGCCGACCACAUGGCGCCGUACUACCGUAUAAUUACCGCCACUAGUGCCCUUGAUCUCGACGAGGCUCUGCUCGCGCGGAUGGAGAAGGAAAACAAGGAAGAGCUGGACAAGAUUGAUGAGAGACUCGAGGAGGCGAAGAAAACCGAGGGCGAGACAGACAUCGCGGACGCGCUCCGCGCGCGCGCGAACUACCUGACGCGUAUUGGCGACAAGGACAAGGCCGUGGAGGCACAGAAACUUGCACUGGAGAAGACACCAGGGCUUGGCUCAAGGAUAGACAUCGUCCUUACGCUUGUCCGGAUCGGCUUCUUCUUCGGCGACCAUGACAUGAUCACUCAACACCUAACACAAGCGGAGGAGUUGAUCGACAAGGGCGGUGACUGGGACCGGAGAAACAGACUGAAGGUCUACCGCGGCCUGCACCUUUUGUCUAUUCGGCAAUUCAAGCGCGGAGGAGAACUACUACUCGACGCGCUCUCAACAUUCACCGCAACGGAGCUCAUCUCCUACAACGACUUCGUGGCGGCAACCAUUAUCUCCAACGUCCUCACCCUCAACCGACCCGACCUAAAGAAGAAGCUAAUCACCGCGCCUGAAGUCAUCCAAGUCCUUCCAGAACUACCAGUAUUGGCAGAUCUGAUGAAGAACUUGUACGACUCGCAUUACGACAAGUUCUUCCUCGCGCUUGCUGCUACCGAGCAAACACUCCUGAAGCCCAACCGCCUCCUCGCACCGCAUGCACGGUUCUACGUGCGCGAGAUGCGCAUCUCAGCAUACAACCAGCUACUAGAAUCCUACCGCAGUCUGACACUAGACAGUCUGGCGCGGUCAUUCGGUGUAAGCACCGAGUUUGUCGACAGCGAGUUGUCACGCUUCAUCGCGUCGGGGCGGCUGCACUGUACGAUCGACAAGGUCAACGGCGUGGUGGAGACGAAUCGGCCGUCGGUCAAGAACGCGCAGUACGAGACGGUCAUCCGGCAAGGCGACAUCCUGCUCAAUGCCGUACAACGGUUGAGUAAGGUGUUGUACUGA